AUGAGAGCUGUCCUGCCCGGCAAGCCCGAGCCGCGCCUCCAGGCCCUGGCUACAGGCUGCUGGGAGUCCAGGCGCAUCACCGCCUACAUUACCGGAAACGCCCUUGUUAUCCUGGGCGACCCCGACACCCCAACUGCCCUGCUGCAGACCAUUUAUGACGACGACGCGGACUCAUUACAAGCUGUUGCCGUGGACGAGGUCUCUGGAAAGGUUGCCGUGUGUACCGCUCGCAGCGUGCGCGUAUACCGUCCCAUUACGAACCCUCGUGACGAGCAUAUUGGCCUGCGUUGGGCACUGCAAACGACGUGGGAAGUAGUUCGCCACAAUGCGGGUGACAGCAACGACAAUGACCUCCCAGCCAUGGCCCUCUCAUGGGGCGCAUCCCAAGAGCUGCUUGUUGCGCACUCCAGUCUCGAGCUCUACCAGAUCCCCUCCUCUUCCUCCUCCUCCUCAGACAUCCCCGAGUGCACCUGGCGCAAGCCGCUUGCCAACCCCGUCCAUCUAGCUGACCUGUCGUACGACUCGGCUUACAUCGCCUCGGUCGGUGUCUACGACCGGUUGGUCAAGGUGUGGCGCCGUCUUAGCUAUGGUGGGUCUGACGGGGGUGCCCGUUUCGACUUCGCAUAUCUCCCGCACCCAGCGCCCAUUGUCGCUAUCCAGUGGCGGCGCCCACGGCACGUUGACCAAACCAUUGACAAUGCUCUGUAUACCUUUUGUGCCGAUGGUAUUAUGCGUGUGUGGGCCGGGUCUGAUAGCCAUGGUCAGAGACAUCUAGUGCUGUGGGGGGAGAUCGAUCUGCGCGCUGCGAUUCAGGGUCGUGGAUUGGCGGCCGAGAAGAGCCUGCGCUGGGCAUGGGUCAUGGAUGGGAGAGACCUGGCUGCCGCGACGGAGAAGGCAGUACAGGAUGGUGUAGAGGACGAAGAGCAUCUUGCUGCGCUGGAGCAUCUGAUUGCCGUGGCAAACAAGAGCCCCGAAGUAUGUGUCGUCCUUGAUGGCCGCGGAAGGAUGUCAGCGUGGGCGCUGCAGGAUAUUGGCUGCAAGACGCCCAAGGGAAACGUUUUUAACAUUGCGCAUGUCACGUCGCCCGAGCUGGACUUUCUGAGCAGCUACGGUAAGGAGGUUGAGGUGCCACAUGUCCGAGCUUACAGCUACUGCAACUCCGGAGGAUAUCUACACAUCCUGUUGCAUUUUUUCGACGGCCGAGUUGAGGUAUAUCGCGCCAACAAUGCUGCUGCACUGUUCGACCCCGAUCCCAAAAGGCGCCGAUUGAGGCAGGUAGCGGUGUGGACGGGACAUUCGACGCCAAUCCGCAAGAUUGUCCGCAAUUUCAGCGGGAGAGCCAUCAUCUCACGCACAGAGGAAGGCCAGCCGACCAUCUGGAAGCAUGAGCUGGAUGCCGAGCGGACGGGACUGGCCAGGCAAGUGGUCAUCCCAAAGCAGGGGCAUAUCCAUAGGAUGUGUGUGCUACGGAAAGGUCGGUUUGUUGUCUUCCUGCUUCACGAUACUAUCCAGCUGUGGGAUUGUCGACAGCCGGAGCCACGCAUGUUGUCGCAGUGUGAGUAUGAUGUCCCUGGGAAACCACUCUGCCUUUUGAUACUGCCUCGCCACAAGGUCGAGGACUACACGACGGCUCAUCUUGCUACAAUUACAUCGGAGAAGAAGGGCGUAGUAUGGGAGGUCAAGCUGCCAUUCUAUACAAAAGGAAGCGAGGGGUCUCGUUCACCAGAGGAGGCGGCUGCUGCUGCUGCAACCAACGGACUUGAAGCAGGUCGACAGGGAUCCGUUGCCGAAUUCUUCCGCUUCACACUUGAUGACGCCGGCGAUCUGGCCUACCUACUGCCUGUCGAUCCGGCAGGACAGGCCCCGAUUGUGUCGGGGUUUCUGGAUGUUUUUGCGCGCGAUGUGGCUAUCUCAUACACACAUUCGGGACGGGUUGAGUUCUGGACAGCACGCGUCAACGGGCACGAUCAUCCAGAAGCGAACAAGGUCGAGUGGCUGUCGACGUCCUCCAUGGAAACGGGGUUAGUCAACCCUGCACUGGUUAGCGGAAGCAUGCGCAAGAAGGCCGCGUUGGUAGACUCCUCUCGAUCGAUGUUAACUAUCUGGGAUAUUCGUGGCGCAAGAUUGGAAUUCGAGAGGGACUUCUCGCAGAACGGAGGCGGAGAGAUCAAGGACCUGGAUUGGACUUCUACUCCGGAUAUGCAGUCCAUCCUCGCAGUUGGGUUUGCGCACCGGGUCUUGUUGCUAUCGCAAAUGCGUUUUGACUAUCUCAAUCAUGGCCCUGCUUGGGCUGCUAUCCGGGAGAUAUCCUUCCGAGAGCUGACGCCGCAUCCUAUUGGCGAUUCGGUCUGGCUGGGCGACGGGCAUCUCGUGGUUGGUGCUGGGAAUCAGCUGUUCGUCAUGGAUCGUGCCUUCGACGCAUCCAGCUCAUUGGUAGCGAGCCUGCGGCUUCCUCCGCCGACCGUGAAGAAGAGAAGCAGAAAAGGAAGCAAAGGGGCCAGGGAAUGGGAUCUCUUCGACGCUGUACAGAGGUUGAACGGCCCGCUGCCCGUGUUCCAUCCGCAGUUCCUGAGCCAGUGCAUCCUGGCUGGAAAGAUUGUGCUGGUCCAUAAGAUCUUGAUCGCCCUGCACAAGGCGCUGAAGUUUUGGGUCGAGGGCGACGUCUUGGAUGACUAUCUGGGAUUAGAUCUGGAAGACUUCUACGAGGUUGGUCACGCAGCCAAGACAUCACACGACCCAGGGGAUUAUCUUGGAAGGAGGAUGUCGUAUGACGAAGGGGAUGAGCCCUUCUCGGAGGAGGUGGCUGCUGAAAUCAACGAGCGGCUGACAAGGGUGGACCUCUCUCAGCUCUCGGGACAUGAGCAGAUUCAGUUGGUUGAUAUUAUCGAAUGCGUCGGCAUGGUUGAGAAGCAAAGACGGUCGCUGGAUGAGAAUGGCGCACGGUUCAUGCUGUUUUUCCGGCAGCACGCCCUGAGAAAGGGGAGGACAAGCGAGAUACAGUUCGGCUGGAGAGAGAUUAACUGGGCAUUUCACUCGACGAGCCAGGAUAUCUUGGUGGACUUUGUGUCGAGACAGAACCAUGGACGACUGCUCUGGGAGCAGGCGCGGGAGAGUGGCAUGUUUAUGUGGUUGGCAGACAACAAUGCUGUGAAAGCGCAAUUCGAGGUAAUAGCGCGCAACGAGUUCACGAAGAACGACCCACGGAACCCUAUCGACUGCAGUCUCUUCUACCUCGCGCUCAAGAAGAAGACAGUUCUUCAGGGUCUGUGGCGCAUGGCGAGCUGGCACAAGGAGCAAGCCGUCACGUUGCGCUUCCUGGCCAACAACUUCGACGACCCGAAGUGGCGCACGGCUGCUCUCAAGAACGCCUACGCAUUAAUGGGUAAGCGACGGUUCGAGUAUGCGGCUGCCUUCUUCCUCCUUGCCGACCACCUCCAAGACGCAGUCAAUGUCUGUCUUAACCAGCUACAUGACCUGCAGCUGGCCAUUGCCAUUGCGCGCGUGUAUGAAGGGGACAACGGCCCCGUGCUCCGCAAGCUACUCCAAAACGAGGUCCUCUCGAUCGCUGCGCAACAGGGCAACCGCUGGCUGGCAUCGUGGGCUUUCUGGAUGCUGCAUCGGCGCGACAUGGCCGUACGCGCACUCGUCACGCCCGUCUAUACGCUAGUUGAGACCCCCGGCGGGGAGCCGGAUCUCAAGUCGAAACUUUUCCUGACCGACGAUCCUGCGCUGGUCAUUCUCUACCGGCAGCUGCGCCAGCAGACGUUGCAGACGCUGCGCGGGGCAACCAAGGUCACUCCCAAGGCUGAGUGGGAGUUUGUGCUGCACAAUGCCCGGUUGUAUGAUCGCAUGGGGUGUGACCUGCUUGGGUUGGAUCUCGUGAGGAAUUGGGAGUUCUUCCGGCCGACGGGGAUGGCGGGAGCUGCUGGGGCGUCGUUAGCGUUGGGAGGGGAGAUGGAGAUUGACCCGAUGCGGCUGCUCAAACGGAGAGGGUCACUUGUGGUUGCUGACCUGCCGGUAUCUGCUCUAGCCGGGCUGUCGGUGUCAUCGCCGACGCAGGUGUCGAUGCCGGGGGAAAUGAAAACCGGUGGAGGGGAGAAGAAGGAGAGGCCGGUGCCGACGAUGUUUGAGGAGCCAGAUGCCAAUUCUUUGUUGGACAGCUUUGGUUUUUAA